UUGAUCUGAUUGGAUGAGCGUGUCUCAGUUGAGUUUGCCUGUAUCUGACAGACUUGGAUUUCCUUUCGCCCGCACUGUUCAACUCAGUCCGGAGCAGACCCUGUGAAGAUGACUCUAACAGAGAUAUUUCUCAUUAUUGCUGGGAUUCUGUACACGGAGGCCAUUAAGGAUGUGCACGUGGCUGUUGACAUGGUGGGCUGCACAGACUCAGACGGAGAGGUCAUGUACGGACUGGACGGGGAGGAGACGGGCCACGCGGACUGGAAGGCCCAGAAGUUUGUGAUGACGCUGCCUGCGUUUGCUGAUCCGUUUGCGUACCCGGAGAGCGCAUAUGAGAGUGCACUUACUCAGCAGAAAUCCUGCAAAGAACAUCUGGCAACAAGUGUCAAUUUUACCAAUAGCCCAGCAGUGGCAGAGGCACCCCCCUCCACCUCCGUGUACCCCAAAUCUAAGAUGAAGACGGGCGUUGAGAACACUCUGGUCUGCUUCAUCACUGCGUUCUACCCGCCCCGGCUCCACGUGUCCUGGACCAGGAACAACAAGGUGGUGAGCGAGGGAGUGAGCCACAGCCAGCUGCGGGUCAACCUCAACGACGGCUCCUUCACCAUGUUCUCCACCCUGCAGUUCACCCCUCACGAGGGGGACAUGUACACCUGCGCCGUGCAGCACUCCACGCUGGAGAGACCCAUGACCAGAGAGUUCGAUGUUGUGAUGUCGGAGCCCAGUGUUCUUCCAACAGUGCUGUUUGGAGUGGGUGUGGGUGCGGCGGCGCUGGGAGCAGCUAUUGGAGUAUUCUUCAUCGUCAAGGGAAACCAGUGCAACUGAACCUGCGUUCUGCUGUAGUCAUCACCUGAACCUGCGCUCUGCUGUGCUCAACACAGCAUCAACUGUUCCUAUCAGACAUUUAGAUUUACUGGACUUACUCUAAAGAACAGAUAUUAACUCUGGCUCUCAGUCUCAGCUCUCAUUCAUCCCACUCAUCAUUCAUCUCACUCGGUGCAGGCCUGCCAAGUUCAUCCACACCAAUCUCUGUCAUCCAUGUCUUUAUGGACCUUGCUUUAUGCACUGGUGCACCGUUAGUAUGUUGGAACAGGAAGGGGCCAUCGUUGAGCUGGGCUUGGUCCCUCAGUUCCAGUGAAAGGAACUCUGAAUGCUUCAGCAUUAACCAAGAGAUUUUGGACAAUUCCAUGCUCCCAACAGUUUGGGGAUGGCCCCUUACAUUGUUUGGCAAUUUCAUUCAAAUUCCCUGGAACAUUAGGCACAGAUAUAGCAGCACAUUAGUAAUGUGAAUUGUAAGUUAUGACUUUAUGUAAACUUCAGUUAUAUUUUCUGUAAUGAAUAAAAGAUAAUAAAUGGUAAAAAAAAAAAGCUAAAAUGAUUGGUUUUCCAUGUGAGAUCUGUGAUGUGUCUCUAUUAUUGAUAAUGAUUGGUUUUGAACUCUAUGAAGGCGCUUUCAGCUCAACAGGGGUGUCACUAGCACAUGAGCACAUUUGGGGCUUAGGCUAUAGAGUCUAACCGUUUCUCUUAAUUUUACCUGCUCUUGCUGUUCACUUUUAGUAAUGAAUCCACCGACGAUAGCCUCAUUUGCGCCACAUUGAUUGUAUAUUAUGGACAAUAAUAUUAUGACAAUUAAAGCAACACUAAAGCAUUUGUCCUCUGUCACACGCACGCUAUUUGUUUAUCCAGCAAUAACGAUGUCAACAGACAAUGCAAUCUGGUAAAUUAUAGUGUGGUUAUAGCCGAUAGAGGGCCGCAAAGUGAAUGCAGAAGUGCCGUUCACCCUGUUAUGAAACGCUGAAAUGAUUUUGGAAACAUUAUUUUAAGGUACAAGCAACUCUUUAGUGUUGCUUUAAAGGAUGUAAUGACAUGCUGUUAUUUUGACAUUGACAUUGUUUGCUAUUAAAAACAAAUAUAGCAAUA